AUGGACGAAGAAUCCGCAUUCGGGAGGGACGAGAAUGGUACUGAUAAGGUGACUAAGACCGAUAACGAUAAUUUGAACGAAGAUGAUGACAGCAGCGACAACGAUUCCGUCUCGUCAUAUGAUAUCUUACCUCCGGAGGAUUUUGAUAAUAAUGAACAUGGCGCAAAUAGCGAGAACGAAGAUGUGGAUGUUAACAAUGUGCAACAUAAUUGGCAGGAAUCAUUUGCAGAUAACUGGAGCCAGGAGGAGUCAGAUGGUCUUGUACUUGAUCACGAUGAGGGAGAGAUUGAUAUUGAGGAGGCUCAAAGGGAGCAGAAGAUGCUUGAGACACAUUGGAAGGUUAUGGCUAUGACCUUUCGGUCGCAAGGGGAUGCAUACAUAUUCUACAACAAUCACGCCAGAGAGCACGGGUUUAGUAUCAGGAAACAGAAGGUGAAACGAGGUGCUUCGGGAAUGAUACGGUACCGGCGGUUUUUUUGCUCCAGGGCAGGGAGAAGGCAGAGCAAGUUCAUAACCAUGGAGGGCCGCAAGCGCAGGCUUAGACCGGAGACUCGUUGCGACUGCGGUGCACAUAUGGUGGUGAAGCUGGACAGAGAACGUGGCGUUUGGUUCGUCGCAUCAUUCGUGGAUGAUCACAACCACGCGAUGGCUCGGCCCGACGAGGUUUGUUUUUUGUGGUCACACAGACGGAUUGGAGAUGGCCAGAGGGCGGAGAUAUUGGCGAUGGAAGCGGCCGGGAUAAGGAAGCAUAUUAUAAUGGACAACUUCAUCAGCAGAUACGGUUCGUACGAUAAGUGCGGGCUUAUCAGGAGGGACAUUUACAAUCUUUGUUGCAGAGAAAAAACGAAGCUCAUUGCAAAGGGAGAUGCAGAGACGGCAGUUGUUCGCCUGCGUGAGAACGAGGCGUAUGAUGACUGCGAGGCAUUCCAGAAGGAACCACCGUCGGUUACUGAAUAUAAGGCCCUUGAGGAGCAUGCCGCCAAAGUAUUCACACCUGCUAAUUUCUACAUCCUGCAAGAUGAUUUGCAUAAGAUGGGUCAGCUGGAGAUAUUUGAGACGCUCGUGGGAAUUGGGCGUCAAACAUUCAUGGUGACAUGGAAGGAUAACCACAAGUUCACGUACAAUGUUGUUUAUGAACCAGCAAAUGAUCCCUUCUUGUACGACGAGUUGAUGAAAUUUCUGGACAACAUAAUAGCGCAGAAAAAGAUUUCAGAGGAGGAACUUGUAGGAAGUAGAAGGUAUGCUAUGCUGAAGAAGGAGGCAAGUCAGGCGCAACAAGUUGAGCCUGGUAUUGGUGAUCCUCAGAAAGUUUCGACGAAGGGUGCACCCAAGAAGGGGCGAUCGAAGGGGGGCCCCGACGUUACAAAGAAUGGUAGGCCAAAAGAUUUUACAGAGAAGAAAAGUGGUCCUUUGUGCAGUCUGUGUGGUCUCCCAGGUCAUAACAAGGCUACAUGCAGUAAGAACGAGAAGAACUGGGCGUAG